AAGCUCUGGAGUAGCUUUUUUUUUUUUGCGGGAAGCAAAGCUCUGGAGUAGCUAGCAGCGCACAUCCAUGGCGCGCUUCCUCCUUGCCCUCCUCGCUGCCACCGUGGUCGCGGUUCAGGCUGGAGGUCAGCUGGCCCAAGCGGCGCUGGCGCCGGCCGAGGUGUUCUGGCGCGCCGUGCUGCCGCACUCGCCAUUGCCCGACGCCAUCCUCCAGCUCGUCCAACCUGCAGCGGACACCAGCUUCUUGAGCAAAGGCAGGGUCAAGCCUCCCUUCGACUACCAAGAGUACAUCCGCUCGUCGUCCGAUGAUGAGUCGAGCGAACGCACCGCCGGAGAGCGGGAGUUGGAGUACGACGACUACAAAGGCGCCGACAAACGCCGUGACGCCACCUUUAACCCUUUCAACUACAUGUACAAGGCGCCUAGCAAAACACGGCCGAGCCCUUUCGAUUACAUGUACAAGGGGCCUAGCAAAAGCCAAGCGGGAGAACGGCUUGGCGCCCCCGCUGGUAACCCUUUCGGGUACCACUACAAGGCGCCGAGCAGCAGCCAUGCCGGAAGCGGGGCGUCCACGGCUAGGGUCGGCAAGGCGGAGACGACGACGGUGUUCUUUCACGAGGAGGCGGUGCGCGUCGGCAAGAGGCUCCCGUUCUACUUCCCGCUGACGACUCCCGCCGCUCUCGGUUUCCUGCCGCGCCAGGUCGCCGACUCCGUCCCGUUCACGACGGCCGCGCUACCCGGCGUCCUCGCGACGUUCGGCAUCGCGUCCGACUCCGCCACGGUGGCCAGCAUGGAGGCGACGCUGCGCGCCUGCGAGUCGCCGACCAUCGCCGGCGAGUCCAAGUUCUGCGCGACCUCGCUGGAGGCCCUGGUGGAGCGCGCCAUGGGAGUUCUGGGGACCCGGGACAUCAGGCCGGUGACGUCGACGCUGCCCCGCGCCGGCGCUCCGCUGCAGUGGUACACCGUCCGCGUCGUGCGGCCGGUGGAGGGGGGCCCGGUCUUCGUGGCAUGCCACGACGAGGCCUACCCGUACACCGUGUACCGGUGCCACACCACCGGCCCGUCCAGGGCGUACAUGGUGGAGAUGGAGGGCGCGCGCGGCGGCAACGCGGUGACCAUCGCCGCCGUGUGCCACACCGACACGUCCCUCUGGAACCCGGAGCACGUCUCCUUCAAGCUGCUCGGCACCAAGCCCGGCGGCACGCCGGUCUGCCACCUCAUGCCGUACGGGCACAUAAUCUGGGCCAAGAACGUGAAGCGCUCGACUGCGUGAGCGUCCCGGCCAGCUCUGUUGUCUCGCCGGAGCCAAGAUCGAUGUACCACUAGUCUACUACUAUCUGUUUCUUACCUACGUAUUCUGUUGUUCAUGCCACCAGAU